AUGGUGGCACUCAGCGACACCGAGGGCAAGAAGUCUGGGCUGGAGAAAGCGAAGAUCCUGGCAAAGGCUCUUGAUGACUUUGCUGGAGGCAGCGAGGAAGUCAAGAACAUCCUCAAGAGCAGAAUAGUUUCCUUCACCAGCGACGGAGAGAGGGCAGAACCUCUCGGGGCACGCCUUGCAAAAGAGCAAGGCACUCUUCCAGGCCUGCUUGCCUGUAUGCGAUGUCGGGUUCAUGCACUUGUUCGCAGCCUCGAGAAUGCUUUGGCAUCUGACAGCAGGGUGGAACGAUUGAUCUCAAGCCUGAUCACAGGGUAUUCAGGUGGACACGGAGAACCUGGUGGCUUCGGUCGGGCGAUGAAGAACUCUCCUCGGUUAGCUUGCAAGCUGCGUGAGCAACAAGUGGCGGCGCUGCACCAACUGGACGGCGCCAUGAGCAAGCUCACUUCUUUUCGGUUCUGCCCACAGCGCUUCAACACCAUCAUGGAGGUCUCUGAGAUGAUAGUCCUUAACGUUCAAGCUAUUUUUCAGCUCUUGGUGGAAUUGAGGGCAAGUGGGGAUCAAGUUGCGCAAUGGGCGCAGCGCUUGCUUUCGGAGACAUUUACUUCGAAGAACCUGCUGCUCCUGGCGCUUGUCACUGAGCUCUCGUCCGCUGCAGUGAGGUUUGCCCACAAGUUCGAUGGCGUCAAGGAGCCAACCCAUCGGUCUUCUCGACUUGCGCGAACAGGUGGAUGGCUGGCUCUGUUCAAGCAGGAGGUAAACAAGCUGUUCUCUUUUCGGGAUGAUGCCGGCAGUUUGCAGGAGCCCUUGGUCCUGGCUGCGGCCUAUGAUGCUGGGUAUGUGCAGCUGCUACAAAAACAAUGGAAUUUCUUGAGCACAUCCUCCUUGAUUUCCUCCACCGGCGAGCUUCUCCACCACAAGCAAGGCACUGGCAGCACUGCUCGUCUCAGGAGCUUUGUCUCGGCCGAGAUCGGCACGAUCGCCAACAUUGCUAAUGUCCUGGUGCAGGCCAUCGAGACGGAAUGUGACACGCCAAUCCAAUGUGCACUGGCGCCCUUCGACAUUGCUCACUGGACAGCGGCUCGUUCAGAUGAUGCUCUGCUCUGA